CCCCCGCCCAGCCGCCCCCCGCCCCUCCCGGGAUGGUGCACGGCUGGGACUGAGCCACCGGGGCGGAGGUAGCACUAGGGUGGCCUCGUCUAAGCAGCGCCAUGGAUAUGCAUAUGGAGACAGGACCACGUUGAGGCCACGGAAGUGGUAGGACUACCAUUUUAACUUGUGAGCUGUCCCAAAGAACUGACCAUGUCUAUUAUGGACCACAGCCCCACCACCGGAGUGGUCACUGUUAUCGUCAUUCUCAUCGCCAUUGCAGCCUUGGGGGCCUUGAUCCUUGGCUGUUGGUGUUACUUGCGCCUACAGCGUAUCAGCCAGUCAGAAGAUGAAGAGAGCAUUGUGGGUGAUGGAGAAACCAAAGAACCCUUCCUUUUGGUCCAGUAUUCGGCUAAAGGUCCUUGUGUGGAGAGAAAAGCGAAGCUAACCCCUAAUGGCACAGAAGUCCAUGGCUAAGCUAACCCUUGGCACAGAUGCUCAAGGUACUAAACCUUGUAUACAACCAGCAGAAGAAAAUGGAGAACAAUUUGGAUGUGCUGCUGUCUAAGAAGAACUGAGUUUAAAUUUCACAGUAUGGUCUUGCUGGGUUUUGUUAUUGCAUGCACUGAGACCUGUGUCCUGAACCUAAACUUCUUGGCCCUGGGAGUUGGCUAACCUUUCUGGUGGUACUGUCCAUUGCAGGCAAUGGACAGACCAGGCCCUGCUGGUGUAAAAGGAAUCAAAGCAUUUUUGUUACUUGAAUGUUUAGCUGAGCCUGUUUUUGAUGGAGCUACUACUGUAAUGUGAACUAGCUAACAAAACUGUGAACUGUAAAUAGGCACCAGAAGCACUUGGUUGUUUUUUUUUCUUUUCUUUAAAAAAAAUAAUAUAGCACAUGGAGCUGCUGGUCUGAAGUUAUUGUAAUGGUAAACUCAGUACUAAAGACUGAGCCCCAUGACCAUGGAAAAGGUUCUAAUCAUGGAAAGCCCAAGUUGCUAUCAGCUAGCUAGUUAGGAAUCACAAAUGUAAAUAUGUAAAGAAAGAGCUGUUGUUUUUAAGUCCUGUGGGUAACUUUAUAGAAAACAAGCAAUGAUGCUUAUUAGAAUUUGGCUUCUAUUGCAGGAAGCAAUAGGCCAAAAAAAAGAAACAUGCCUCUCUCCUUUAUUAGGUAGAUUAGGCUGUUAACUAUGAAUAUUGUUAACAUUAACUGUAUAGCUAUUGCAAGGAAGCUGCUGUAUUAUCUGGGAGCCAGUGAAGGAUGUGUAAUCUACACAGGAAUAGUCCAGAAGGUUGUCAGGCUAAUUUAUAGCAGCAGAGCAGUUUUUCCUAUGUGUUUUUUAAAAGCAUGUUAAAAGUAUAGAAACAUCUUUUCCCUACAACUGGCAUUACUUAGAGCUAGCUUGCUGUAAUUGCUGUGAUUUUCAUGUGAAGAUAUGAAAUCUACUUUUAGUCUAAACCAACCCAGUUGUCUCAGUAUAGACAGCAGCAGACUAUUUCCUUCUGUUUAAUGUUUUCUGAACUGGAAGGGAAUGGCAAAAGGGGCUUAAAAGUCUUUUUUUUCCUUUUCAGAAACAAAAUUUCUAGUUACUAUCCCACUAAUAGGGGUUAGUAUCCUCAGCAAAUCAGUAUAAGCAUGACUGGAAUUCUCUAAAUCAGGCUUCAAAAACGUUCAGCAAGCAUGUGGUAAGCUAUAGGCAACCGUUCUAAUGUUCAUUCAGAAGCCACUUUUGUGUGUGUAUGCAAUUUAAUGCUUAUCAAGUACUGUAGGGAUAACGAAUGGAACUUUAGGAGGUAAAGACUUCUUAUUUUCAAAGUAAUGACUUUAAUCACAGUCUAGCCAGCUUCCCACCUGAAAAAAACAAAAACAUAAAUUUUAACCCAUCUUAAAUCACUUUACACUAGUAUCAAUUUUGCAAUAGGAUAGAGAUUUAACAAGGCACGGUGAGAGUUUUAACGUUAGUGUUAAUUUAAGCAUCAGUGAUUAAGAGAAAAUCAGUGCCUAACUUUAUUUUGUAAGAAUCAUUAAAGAUUAGCCACUAUGAAUUGAGCAAAUAAAAAUGUGAAAGUGAGCCAAGCACAGAACUGUGGUGAGGAUGGCUGAGUAUGUACUAAGCAAAUAAUGUUAAAAAAAAAAAUCAAGCUAAAAUGAAUUUCCAUCAUUCCUUCUUGUUAUUAAAAUUUUGUUUUGAUGGGAGUGAUUUAGAUUUUACAGCAAGGGUUCUUAACCAUUUUUGUCAUGGACCGCUAUGGCAGUUUCAUGAAACAUAUGGUACCCUUCGUCAGAAUAUUUUAAAAUGUGUAAUAUAAAAUACAUAAGAUUACAAAGGAAACUUAAUUGUUCAGAAAGUUACCCAAAAUAAAAUUUUUUAAAGUUCAUGGUCCCCAGGUUAAGAACCCCUGCUUUACAGUAAAGGCUUUAUUGGACAUUCUGGGGAUACCAGUCAAAUUGUGGUUAAUAAAGUCACACUUCACUGGAGUCCCAACUUGGGGAUGCUGGAAAGCCCUCUAGGUUUAGAGGGACAAUUGUAAGUGCAAAUCUGAUGGCUGCUUAUAGCUCAUGAAUGAAAAGGAGACAAUUGUAAGUGCAAAACUGAUGGCUGCUUAUGGCUCAUGAAUUAAAAGGAGAACUGAUACUCAAGCCCAAGGAUGAAAGGAAAGGGGUAGGGAAAUAUGCAAGUUAAAGAUGAGCAAAUCCUAGGAUGGACAUCCAUUUACUGAAUCACAUCAAAAACUUCUGAAGCUUUCUAUCUCUUCAUCAUUUUGCUUUGUAGGGAAAAUGAUCUCUAGAUUAAGGUAGCUAGCAAAGUAAUGCUAAGGCAACUUCACAUUUGCAUAUUAUGGAGUAUGCUGAGGUCACCUAACAAAUUCUUUUAACUGCCCUAUUUUUUAAAACCAUGUCUGGCUUUUUAUAGGUCUAAUAAUUUUAAAAAUACUGUUCAUUUCUCCAAAUGUUAGGGAAAUAUUUUUUCCUCUACUUGGGUCACCAGAGGGAACUUUUAACUUUGCUUUUUAUUUUUAAAAUCAGACUUCUUAAAGACAGACAGUAUUUAGUGGAGAGUAGCAUUACCACUUACUAGACUGAAGCUGUGCUUAAGAUGGAAAUACCAGUAAGACUGGCCAGCAAAAUGCCAGGAAAAAAGCAGCUUUUACCAUGCUCACCAGUCAAUAUAAAUAUUUAGCUUCUAAGCCCUUCAGUCACUUUCAUAGUCUGAAGAUUUACUAAUCUCUCAAAGCAAUUCUAAAUGGUUUACCAUCUUCAGACUUGCUGAACAGGUGACAAAGAACGAUUAGAAAACUACAGUAGGGGAAAUGCAAGAAUUGUUUGUUAUUGUCACUUAAAUACAAACUAGUUUUUUUCAGAUUCUUAUCCUCAAGAACCUGUACUGCUGUUUUGGUCUCAAACCUACCAAGUUUGUGCAAUAAAUUAUAUAGGGAAUGUUUCCCCAAGUUGAAUGAUCAUCCACUUUGAUUUUCUAGACCACUGAGAAAAAUUUUUUAUUUACAGUGAAUUUCAAUAAAAUUUGCAUAAAUUAUCUUCCCAGUA